CUUUGCUUCAAAGUGGCAAAGCCAUUCAGUUGCUAAGCCUUUUUUCGCGCCCGCCAUUGUCGAACACUCUCCCUCCGACAAAAGUUCAGAUGUGAAGAAACAAGCUUCCAGUUAACACAAGUUACACAACAUGUCUCCGGCGUCUCGGAAUUUAGGAUUCUUCUCCUUACUCCUCUUCUCUCUGUUCUCCAUCGUUUCCUCCGACGAUCUCCAAGUCCUACUCAAUAUCAAAUCAUCGCUCCUAACCUCAAACCCUGGCGUCUUAGAUUCAUGGAAGCUAAACUCCAAUAAUCACUGCGGAUUCACCGGAGUAACCUGCGAUUCCACAAACUCCGUCACAGAGAUCGACCUCUCUCACCAAGCCUUAUCCGGAACCUUCCCGUUCGCUUCCCUCUGCGACGAUCUCAAGAGUCUUCGAAAACUCUCCCUCGGAUUCAACUCCCUCUCAGGCCCCAUCCCAACCGAUAUCAACAACUGCACGAAUCUCACCUACUUGGAUCUCGGCAACAACCUCUUCUCGGGACUUUUCCCCGAGUUCUCCUCUCUAAGUCAGUUACAGUAUCUGUACCUAAACAACAGCGCGUUCUCCGGCGUUUUCCCGUGGGAAUCUCUACAAAACGCGACGAGUCUCGUCGUUUUGAGCCUCGGAGACAAUCCGUUCGAUACGACGCCGUUUCCAGAUAAAGUCGUUACUCUGAAGAAUCUCUCCUCCCUCUACUUGUCGAACUGCAGCAUCACCGGUAACAUCCCUAAAUCGAUCGGAGACUUGACGGAGCUUCGGAACCUGGAGAUCUCCGAUAGCGGUCUCACCGGAGAGUUUCCGCCGGAGAUCGUGAAGCUCACCAAACUCCGGCAGCUCGAGGUUUACAACAACAGCUUGACCGGGAAGUUUCCUCCCGGAUUCGGAUCCUUGACGGACCUGACUCUCUUGGACGCUUCCACGAACUACCUAGAAGGAGAUUUAUCGGAGCUCGGAUCUCUGAUCAACCUCGUCUCUCUGCAGCUAUUCGAAAACAAAUUCUCCGGCGAGAUUCCGCCGGAGUUCGGCGAGUUCAGGAAUCUCGUGAAUCUUUCUCUCUACACGAACAACCUAACCGGUUCUCUGCCUCAGAAGCUCGGUUCGCUCUCUGAUUUCGAUUGCAUCGAUGCGUCCGAGAAUCACUUAACCGGACCGAUCCCUCCGUAUAUGUGCAAGAGAGGGAAGAUGAGAGCUCUUCUCCUCCUGCAAAACAAUCUCACAGGGUCCAUACCGGAAUCAUACGGCAACUGUAUAACUCUUGAACGUUUCAGAGUUAAUGAUAACUUACUCAACGGAACUGUUCCCGCCGGGCUUUGGGGCUUACCGAAAGUUGAGAUCAUCGACUUAGCUAACAACAACUUCGAAGGACCGAUCACAGCCGAUAUAAAGAAUGCGAAAACGCUAGGAGCGUUGUAUCUAGGGUUCAACAGGUUCUCUGAUGAGCUGCCUGAGGAGAUCGGUGAGACUGAGGCUCUGACUAAACUCGAGGUUAAUGAUAAUCGGUUCUCCGGGAAAAUUCCGAGCUCUAUUGGGAAGCUUAAGGGGCUUAGCAGUUUAAAGAUGCAGAGCAAUGGCUUCUCCGGUGACAUACCAGACUCCAUCGGGUCGUGUUCGAUGCUCAGUGAGCUGGACAUGGCUCAAAACGAGUUGUCGGGAGAGAUCCCGCAUACGCUGGGAUCUCUUCCGACGCUCAAUGCUUUGAAUCUUUCGAACAACAAGCUCUCUGGGCGAAUACCAGAGAGCUUGUCGUCUCUAAAGCUUAGCCUUCUUGAUCUUUCGAACAACGGAUUAUCAGGCCGUGUCCCUCUGAGUUUGUCAUCGUAUAACGGUAGCUUCGACGGCAAUCCUGGACUCUGCAGCACGACGAUCAAAUCGUUUAACCGGUGCACGAGUUCUUCAGGAUCGCAUCAUCGAGACACUCGCGUAUUCGUGCUGUGCAUUGUUUUCGGUUUACUGAUCUUGAUCGCGUCUCUUGUGCUUUUCUUGUACCUCAAGAAAACCGUGAAGAAGGAAAAGCGAACCAUGAGACGUGAAUCUUGGAGUAUAAAGUCGUUCCGAAGGAUGAGUUUCACUGAAGAUGAUAUCAUCGGUUCGAUCAAAGAAGAGAACUUGAUCGGUAGAGGAGGUUGCGGCGAUGUGUACAGAGUAGUACUCGGUGACGGUAAAGAGCUAGCUGUCAAAUACAUUCGCCGUAGUAGCACGGACACGUUUACUCAGAAGAACUUCAGCAGCACGAUGCCGAUUCUCAAGGAAAACGUAGGAAGAUCUAAAGAGUUUGAAAGAGAGGUGCAAACGCUAAGCUCAAUACGGCACCUGAACGUUGUGAAACUCUAUUGUAGCAUCACUAGCGAUGAUGACUCGAGCUUGCUGGUGUACGAGUACUUGCCUAAGGGGAGCUUAUGGGACAUCCUUCACUCGUGUGAGAAGUCGAAUCUCGGUUGGGAAACGAGGUAUGAUAUUGCUCUUGGUGCAGCGAAAGGGCUGGAGUACUUGCAUCAUGGAUACGAGAGACCGGUGAUUCACCGUGAUGUUAAAUCUAGUAACAUAUUACUAGAUGAGUCAUUCAAGCCUAGGAUUGCUGACUUCGGUCUUGCCAAGAUUCUUCAGGCCAAGAACGGUGGUCUAGAGUCAACUCAUGUCGUUGCCGGAACAUAUGGUUACAUAGCUCCAGAGUAUGGAUACUCGUCGAAAGUGAAUGAGAAAUGCGAUGUGUAUAGCUUUGGAGUUGUGUUAAUGGAGCUAGUCACGGGGAAGAAACCGAUAGAGGCGGAGUUUGGAGAGAGCAAAGACGUAGUGAAUUGGGUUAGUAACAAUCUGAAUAGCAAAGAUAGUAUAAUGGAAGUUGUGGACAAGAGCAUAGGAGAAAUGUAUAGAGAAGACGCGGUCAAGAUGCUGAGGGUUGCAAUCCUCUGCACCGCAAGACAACCUGGACGAAGGCCGACGAUGCGGAGUGUGGUUCAGAUGAUCGAGGAGGCGGAACCUUGUAGAUUGAUGGGCAUUGUGAUUAGUAAAGAGGUGAUGUGAAGAUCAUAGAAAUAAGUUGAUGAAGGACCAAGUCUUUCUCACUCUUUUGGGUCAGUAUGAAACUUAGAGAAAGAGGGCUAAUGUGGAUCAUCUGAAUUUGAUACGACAUAAGAAGGUUUUGAUGGAGAAUGUGUUUCUAGUCCUGGUUAUGAAACCUUAGGUAAUGUAAUGAUAUCUGAUGUAAACUGUUUCUUGUAAUGAUAGAAUUUUUGUAUGA